GUGAGAGAGAUUGCCUUUAUCGUUCUUACCAAUCAUCAAAAGUCAAUCAUUACAAAUAUGGCGGCAUCAAGAUCAGCAGCUCGCUCAGCCUUGAGUGGAGCAGUUGAUGCAAUCUCAGCAAGACAAAUGAUGAGCAACAGAAAUCAACGUAUGCUCAAUGUUGGAAGAAAUAUGACAACUACCAGCCUUCGUUAUAGCUACGCAAGCCCAAGACCUUCAUAUCAUCAACGUAUUAGAGGCUUUCAUGCAUCUUCACGUAGAAUGGAAGGUCCAACAAAAUCACCUUUUCAAGCAUUCGUUGAUACAUUAAGAGAAGAAUUGAAAAAAUCACAAGAGAUGCAAGAAAAUAUGAAACAAUUACAAGGAGAAGCAGGAAAAGUACAAGAUAGCGAAACGAUGAAAAGAGUUCGUGAAGCAUACGAACGUGCAAGAAUAGUGGCAAGUAUCAAGGAAAAUCCUAGACUGCAAAAAGCCGCUGAACAAUUACGUAAAAGUGGUGGCCAAGUUGGAGAUGCGGUCGGCGCCACUUUAAAACAAAUGGAAGAAAGUGAGCUAAUCAAAGGAUUAGGCGCAAUUUCCUCAAGAUUAGCACGUCAAUUAGAAGAUACAACUGCACCAAUCAGAAAUACAGAAGCUUAUCGUGCUUUCGCUCAGACGUUAACAGAUGCAUUCGAUGAUGGAGGCUCUGCAUUGCGUAUCAUUACAGAUUCAGAAGCAGAUGCACGAACACAACGUAAGAUCAAACGAGAGAUCAGAUUACGCAAGAUCGGUAAGCCUGCUCCGAGUGAAGAUGUGGAAGAUGUCAUGUUGGAAGCUACAAAAGUGAAAGACAAGAUGCGUGAGAUGGAAGACUCGAUGGACCCACAAGCAGCAGCACAAAAGGCGAAAGAAGCAGAGAAGGAAGGUGCAGAAGGAGAACAAGCAGAAGAGGCUCAAUCUGCUCCUGGACCUACAGAAGCUCCUGCAGGUGAAACAUCACCCGAAGCCUCAGGCUCAAAACAGCCUCCACCAAAACCAAAAGGAUUCGCAGCCCGUGUUCGAUCACAAGCGGCGGCCAAUCCUAAUGCCGGACAAGCACUUGUACUACGACCUGAGCCCAAAUACAAGCAAGCAUGGUCAUCUUUCAAAGAAAGCAAUCCAGUAAUGCGAAGAUUGUCAGAAUUACGUGAAUCUUAUGAUGAAUCAGAAAAUCCGUUCGUUGAACGAUUGAGAGGAAUUACCGAAACGAUCGGUGGAUGGUUCGAAGAGAAUGAAACGGCAAAAGUCGUUCGUGCGUUCCAAACGCUAGAUCAUACAUUUACCUUGGAUGGUUUCCAAAAGGAGUUGAGGGAAUACAUCGUUCCUGAAAUCAUUGAUUCUUAUCAUGGAGCAGCACGUCAUCUACUGCGUCAAUGGUGCGGAGAAGCAACAUUCAACGUUUUGAUGGCAACUAUCGAUCCUUACGUUCAACGUGGAGCUGUUCUGAACGGAAGAUUGUUGGAUUUAAAACAAGUUGAAAUCUUGCAAGCAAGAAUGUUGGAAAACGAUGUUCCAGUCGUAGUCGUUAGCUUUAGCAGUCAAGAAUUAAUGUAUUUCAAAGAUGCAAAAACAGGAGAAAUUCUUGCCGGACGUGAAGACCAAGCAGAUCUAUGUAGAUAUGCAAUGGUUCUUACCCGCUUGGAAGAAGAGAUGGACAACGAAAUCACAGGUGGAUGGAAAGUUGUCGAAUUGGCAAGACGUGGACAAGCAGCAUUCCUGUAAAAGUAGCCCGCAUGGUAGGAGGGAGGGAAGGAGGACGAUUUUCGGAUCAUGCAUCAUACAUCAUUUCACCACUUUUGUAUGCCAAUACCAAAAAGGCAUCUAAUGCAUCUUUUUUUU